GGGCCGCCGGCCAAGAUGGCGGCCUUGGCGACGGGUGGCGCGACGCGGCGCGGGAUAGCCCCCAGCUUCCGCCGGGCGGGCGAGCCGGGCCUGGCCGCUCUACCGGGCACACGGCCCUCGCUGCGCCGCGGCCAGCUGCUGCUCUCCAGCGGGGUCCCAUCCCUGGACGCUGUGCUAGGUGGAGGUUUAGCUGUUGGAACCCUUCUUCUUAUUGAGGAAGAUAAAUAUGGUAUUUACUCCAACUUGUUAUUCAAGUAUUUUCUCGCAGAGGGAAUUGUAUCCGGACAUCAUUUGUUUGUUGCUUCUGCCAAAGAAGAUCCUGCUGAUAUCUUGAAGGAGCUUCCAGCACCUCUGCUUGAUGAUAUCUACAAAAAUGAAGUGAAUGAAGAAGAAACAGUUUUUAAAUCUAAAGAAUCUCAGGACUACAUGAAGAUCGCCUGGCGUUACCAGAAUUUACCAAAAAUGGAGGCUAGCCCAGCAGCUUCUUCAAGGUUUGGUCACUAUUAUGAUGUAUCAAAAACAUUGUCUCCAGAACUGCUUCAGUCUACAAAAUGGCAUCGUUUUUUCCUUCCUGAAGAAAUAUCUUUACAGCCUAAUAUUAACAUUUGUAAUAUGACCUCUGGUUACACCAGGCUGCUUCAGUCCAUCCAGAGGAUCAUUUACCAGGAAGGAUUUGAUGGAUCCCAUCCCCAGAAAAAACAAAAAAAUAUUCUGCGGAUAGGAAUUCAGAACCUUGGUUCAGUGUUGUGGGGUGAAGACAUUUGUUGCACUGAUAAUCCAGAAGACAUUCAUAGCCUCACAAAGUUUCUCUACAUUCUCCGCAGUCUCCUCAGAAUGUCUUUGUCAGCCUGCAUCAUCACAGUGCCAGCUCAUCUUAUCCAGAAUAAAGCAAUUAUGGAACGUGUAACAAACUUGUCAGAUACGGUAGUUGGUCUUGAAUCAUUUAUUGGCUCUGAGAGAGAAACCAAUCCAUUAUACAAGGAUUACCACGGCUUGAUUCAUAUACACCAGAUUCCUCAGCUUAAUAGCUUGAUCUGUGAUGUAUCAGACACGAAGGACCUGGCUUUUAGAUUAAAAAGGAAGCUAUUCACCAUUGAGCGACUGCAUUUGCCUCCAGACUUGUCAGACACAGUGAGCCGCUCAAGCAAACAGGAUCUGGCAGAAUCCGCCAAACUGCUGAGCUCAGGAUGUGGUGCUAUGGCCAUGGGCAAGAAGCACCUGGACUUCUAGUGAUUUCUACUUAGCAGUUUCACUCAGAUUUAUAUGACACUCUAAUUAUGACUGCUAAUAACUUAUAUAAAUAUUUUUCUUAAUGAUUUGACCCAGCAGUCCUUAAAAAUGCACAUUAUAAGAUAGUGCCUCAUUUUCUCAUUCUGAUUUUUUGGACACAUUUGCAGAUUUUGGCUUUGGGUUUGUUUGGGUUUUUUAAAAAUAUUUACAACAUAGGUUUUGUUACAUUAGCAUAUGAUGACUUUACUCCCAACUGAAAUAGAAUAGUACUUUUGUUCUUGUGACAAAAAAUCAGAAUUUCUUUUGCUGUUAAAUUUCAAGAUGUAUUACCAAACAAAGCCAACUGUGAUGUGUUAUCCAAGUAAAUUAAUCUGUUUAAUAGGAUUUGUAUCAAGCAUAUAAUAUAAAUGUGAAAUAUAAUUUUCUUUAAUGAACAUAAAUGGAGGUAAGGUAGUCAUUAUUAAAUGUUGUUUAAAAGGCAAGUGUCAAUUAUUAUUUUUAAAAAGCUCAUUUUGUAUAUUUGAAAAUAUAAUUGUUAAAACUAAAAAUGGAUUACAUUAUUUUAUCAAAUAUGUAACAGUGAUUAGAAAUAAUGCUUUAGAGGAUUUCAUGUGUUUUAAUAUGUCAAUAAUUAAAUUGAUGAAGAAAGAAUUUCUCCAUAGUAAGAAUACAUUAUAGAUAAUUAGUUUGCCUUGUGGGUUAAUAAAUGUAUUAAAAUGCA